AUGGCAAGAGCUCUUCCUCAUGUCAUGGCCACCUUUCUCGUCGUCCUCUUGGUAGUGGCGUUUGCUACCACAGCAAGUGCAAGUUAUCUGACAGUGUAUGAGGGGCCAGGAUGCCAACAACCUGCUGAGAAAUACUAUGAGUGUGGUUGCCAUAAUAUCGAGUACUAUGGUGGCUACGAAUACUAUUACGAGGGAGAACCAGCAUUCUUCUACAAGUAUGAAGACUGCGAAGGACAUGGUCACCCAUAUUAUGAGCAUCAGAAAUAUUGCUACAAAUUCGACAAGUGGAAGAGUAUCUACAUCAAGUGCUGA